CUCCACCGAACGUCCCUAAACCCUGUUUCCCGCCAUCACAACACCGGUUGGGCGCCAAGCCUCUUCCUCUGCCUCCCAAUUCGAUACCCUAACCCGGCUCUUUCGGACGGACCCCGGGCGGCAGCGAGGAGCCGUACGAGGCUGAUCGAGAGAAAGAUGCGAGGAGGGACGGUGCAGGUCAUCUGGCACGACACCCAGCCGGUCCUCACCCUAGAUUUUCACUCCCCCACCGGUCUUCUCGCCACUGGCGGCGCCGACCACGACAUCAAGCUUUGGCUGAUAAGAUCAGAUGAAUCACAAAGGAGUCAUCCAACAGUUUUGUAUCAAAAUAGCCUUUCUUACCAUAGUUCUGGCGUGAAUAUCUUGCGCUUCUCUCCUUCUGGAGAUCACCUUGCAUCAGGUGCUGAUGGUGGUGAACUAGUUAUUUGGAAGCUACACUUGACAGAUGAUGGUCAAACUUGGAAAGUAUUAAAGACAUUAUUAUUUCAUCGCAAAGAUGUUCUUGACCUCCAAUGGUCUUCUGAUGGUGCGUACAUGAUUUCUGGUUCAGUUGAUAAUUCUUGCAUAAUAUGGGAUGUUACUAAAGGCUCGGUCCAUCAGAUUUUGGAUGCUCAUUUGCAUUAUGUUCAAGGGGUUGCUUGGGAUCCUUUGGGUCAGUAUGUUGCUUCCCUUAGCUCUGAUCGGACAUGUCGGAUUUAUGUUAAUAAGCCUCAGAGUAAACAUAAGGGCAAUGAGAAACUGAAUUAUGUUUGCCAGCACGUUCUCACAAAAUCAGACUCACAGAGGUUGGAUGACUCCAAGUCAGUGUCAUCAAAACCACAUCUAUUCCAUGAUGAGACAUUGCCAUCCUUCUUCAGGAGAUUGGCAUGGUCACCAGAUGGAACAUUUUUACUAGUGCCAGCAGGUACAUAUAGAUAUUCGUUUUCAUCCGAAACUGUCAAUACUGCAUAUAUUCUCUCAAGGAGAGAUCUUUCAAGACCUGCUGUGCAACUCCCAGGGGCUAACAAACCAAUAGUUGCUGUGAGAUUCUGCCCUGUUCUUUUUGCUCUACGAGGUUCUAAUUCAGUAUCUGCAGCUGGUUUCUUUAAACUUCCAUAUAGGGUUAUUUUUGCUCUGGCAACCUUGAACUCUCUGUACAUUUAUGACACUGAAAGCUUGCCUCCAAUUGCGAUAUUUGCUGGACUACACUAUGCAGCCAUUACAGAUAUUUCAUGGUCGUCUGAUGCAAAGUAUUUGUCAUUGUCCUCACGAGAUGGAUACUGUACAAUUAUAGAAUUCGAGGACCAUGAACUCGGAGAACCUAUUUCUCCCUCAGAAGCAUCUAAGGCCUCAGAAGGGAAGGCCGAUUUGUCCAAUGUGGAAACUGAGGUGACAGACCACAUGGAAAUUGACAAGAAGAAUGCUGCUAAAGUUAACAGUGAAACAGUUACAAAGAUCAAGGAAGGGAGACUGCCAAUAUCGACCGUCACCAAGAACUCGGAUGCAAAUAAAUCUACCAAGAAGCGCAUAACUCCUACAGCCAUCAACUAAAUGGCAAAGAUGUUGUUUCAGAAUAUCUGUAGGUUAGAAAGUGUUGUUGCUGUUUGUUGCAGGGUAUAUCCUUGUAUAAAUAUAGAAGGCGAUUCUUGUUCCAUUGUCUGAGCUUUUUGGUACUCGUCUUUGUUAGCUAUGUUGCAUUGUUCUGCUAAUGCCAUGUUUUUUGAAG